CUGCCCCAAAAUGUGGCCAAAAUGGCCCAUAAUAUUGUUGCUGUUUUUUGUAGCAAAGCCGCCAGGGAUUCUCGGCGAGAGCUCUGGUGAUACCACGCCCAGCGAUGAGGCGGUCUUCGAUGGCAGUACAAUUCCCAGUACGACUCCAAAUCCCAAGCUGGAGGAGACCACCGAUCGGUUGAUCAAUGGAAAUCUCCGGAAGGCAGCUCGUGUGGAACCCAUGUCUGGUGGUUCGGAACAGAAGCGUGGCGAUGAUGAGCAGUACGAUGUGGUUGAUGUUAUGGCAUCCACGGGAACGGGAACUGGGGGUAGGCCCAAAAGUGGACAAACCACUAGAAUCUAUACCACCGGCGAGGUGGAUGAAAGCUUUUGGCUGAAGCAUCUGGGCGAAGACUUCAAGCAUGCCAUUCAUCUGCAGGUGGGUGGUACCAACGAGGAGUACAACCGUCUGAUCAAUCAGACCCAGAAUGGUGUCCACGAGGAGGUGCAUCACGAGUACCUGCCAGGUGCCGAAAGGCCAGAUGCAGAAGUUGUUCCUUCCCCACCAACUCAGAGGAUUCCAGGUGGUGGCUACUUUAGGGGUAACCAGCAGCAGACCUUUGAUACCCGCUCCUUAGCCAUGAAGCAGCAGUAUCUCAUUCACCAGCAGGUGCAACAGCAGCAGCAACACCACAACUAUGCCCAGCAGCACAGACAACUCUACACUCCUCAAACACAGUCACAACAACAACAACACCAACACAGACACCAACAAUUUCAACCACUACAACACCAACACCAACCACACCAACAACACCAACACCAACACCAACACCCACAACAACAACACCAGUACCCAGAAACACUCCAACAUUCGCACAUCAGAUAUCAGAAGCCACAAAAACAUGGCUACAUCAUCAACUCUAGCGAGGAUCAGCUACAUGCUUCCCAAUCGAAUUCAGCACCAGUGCGAUCUGGUCAUGAAGGAGGAGGAUCCGUUGGCUAUGAGGAGGAGGGUGACACCUUCAACAGUCAGUUGAACUUUAAGUCACCCUUCAAUGACUAUGGCAGUCGACCCACUCGGGAUCUUGCUUACCUUCUCUACAGAAGGGGUUUAUAAGGAGGUCCUUAGAACUCCAUAAUUGAGGCUGAAACACACACAAACACAAACACACACCCAAGAAAACACACAUAUACACACA